ACCAAGGCUGAGGGGCAGGCAGCACGCAGGCCGGCAGCCGGAGUACCAGCCCAGCGACGGUCCCUGAGAUGAGCGAGCGCCAAGUGUUCCAAGCCUCGGAGCUCGCCUUCCUCCUGGAAAACUGCAGCUCUUCCUAUGACUAUGGAGAAAAUGAGAGUGACUCAUGCUGUGCCUCCCCGCCGUGCCCGCAGGACUUCAGCCUGAACUUCGACCGCGCAUUCCAGCCAGCCCUGUACGGCCUCCUGUUCACGCUGGGGCUGCUAGGCAACGGCGCUGUGGCAGCUGUGCUGCUGGGCCAGCGGGCGGCCCGCAGUAGCACUGACACCUUCCUGCUCCACCUGGCUGUGGCUGACAUUCUACUGGUGCUGACCCUGCCCCUCUGGGCGGUUGACGCCGCCAUCCAGUGGGUGUUCGGGUCCGGCCUAUGCAAGGUGGCCGGGGCCCUCUUCAACAUCAACUUCUACGCCGGGGCCCUUCUGCUGGCAUGCAUCAGCUUUGACCGCUACCUGAGCAUCGUGCACGCCACCCAGCUCUACCGCAGGGGGCCCCCGGCCCGUGUGACCCUCACCUGUGGGGUCGUGUGGGGGCUCUGUCUGUUCUUUGCCAUCCCCGACUUCAUCUUCCUGUCGGCCCAACGUGAUGAGCGCCUCAACGCCACCCACUGUCAGUACAACUUCCCGCGGGUGGGCCACACAGCCCUGCGUGUCCUGCAGCUGGUAGCUGGCUUCCUGCUGCCCCUGCUGGUCAUGGCCUACUGCUAUGCGCGCAUCCUGGCCGUGCUGCUGGUUUCCAGGGGCCAGCGGCGGCUGCGAGCCAUGAGGCUGGUCGUCGUGGUUGUGGUGGCCUUCGCCCUCUGCUGGACCCCCUACCACCUGGUGGUGCUGGUGGACACCCUCAUGGACCUGGGUGCCUUGGGCCGCAACUGUGGCCGGGAGAGCCACGUGGAUGUGGCCAAGUCGGUCACCGCGGGCCUGGGCUACAUGCACUGCUGCCUCAACCCACUGCUCUACGCCUUCGUGGGCAUCAAGUUCCGUGAGCAUAUGUGGAGGCUGCUGGCACGCCUGGGCUGCCCCAGCCAGAGAGCACACCAGCGGCAGCCGUCGUCCUCCCGCCGCGAGUCAUCGUGGUCCGAGACCACAGAGGCCUCCUACUCGGGCUUGUGAGGCCAGGUCGGGUUCUCCUUUCAGCACGUGGCCCCAGUGCCCCUGUGCUCCAGGCUCCUUCCUCCCUCUCCUGGUAGCCUCCUGCCCCACGUGCACUCUGGGGAUGCUCUGGCGGCAGCCCCAGCACCCCCAGGGUGUCCCGGGGAGGUACCCCUACCCCGGCCCUGCCCUUGGCUGUGGGGUCUAUGCCCGUUGCUGCUCCUUAGUUGCAGCGCCCCACUUGGAAAGUGGCUGUCUCAGGGCCCUUGUUCCCUUGGCUGCCCAGAGCCCCACUGCCCCUCUUAUCCAGUAACUAGACCUUGGCCUUCCCCAGGUUUGGGGAGCACGUAGCGGAAAGCAUGGUAGAGAAUGCCCCCAUGGGGCCCUGGCCCAGGCCUCCAACCCAGCAUCUGUAGCUGUGGUCCCCCAGACCUGUGUAUUUGCUCCUGGUUUAUUUUUUUAUG